UAAAAGAAUAAGGACCUUUUUCUUUUUUUUUUUCUUUUUACCCUGGUGGGAACCGAGGAAAAAGCGGCUGCGUGAUACCUUUUGUUGUCUGUACGUGAAAAGGCAUCCCUGCUGCACCUGAGCUCUGCAACUUUGAAGGAGUUUUCUUUUUUUUUUUUCUUGUUGCUGAAGUUUUCCCUAAGCCAGAUCCCUGUCAAGACCUCAAGAAGCGGGCUCCAAUCCAAUUCAUUAAAGCUCACAUCAUAGACCGGAGUGAAAAAAAAAAUCCUUGUCAUCCAUCCCAUUUGAGUUGGAGCGAAUCGCCAACAUCCCCCGUCUUAAGCAUCUCCAAGGAUGAAGCGAGGAUCUCCGCACUGGCUGAGGGGCGUGUCCCUGCUGCUGCUGCUCCACACCACCACAGCCAUGGUGAUGCUCCCCAACUCCACAGGCUGGGAGCAGAUACUGGACAAGUAUCUGGAUGAGGAUGGAGACUGGUGGGAGGUGAAACAGAGAGGGAAGAGGGCCAUCACGGACAGCGAUGCUCAGCUCAUCGUGGACCUUCACAACCGGCUCAGAGGGCAGGUUUACCCCCCCGCCUCCAACAUGGAGCACAUGGUGUGGGACACUGAACUGGAACGUACGGCAGAGGAGUGGGCCGAGACCUGCCUGUGGGAGCACGGCCCUGCCAGCUUAUUGCCACAGAUUGGGCAGAACCUGGGCGCCCACUGGGGAAGAUACCGUCCGCCUACGUCUCAUGUGCAGGCCUGGUACAAUGAAGUGAAAGACUAUUCCUUCCCUUACCCUCAGGAGUGUAAUCCCUACUGUCCCUUCACAUGCUCCGGCCCAGUUUGUACACAUUACACUCAGCUGGUUUGGGCCACCAGCAGCCGAAUCGGCUGUGCAAUCAACAUGUGCUACAACAUGAACGUGUGGGGACAGAUUUGGGCCAAAGCUGUUUAUCUCGUCUGCAACUAUUCACCAAAGGGAAACUGGUGGGGAUAUGCACCUUACAAACAUGGGACCCCCUGCUCUGCAUGUCCGCCAAGUUAUGGAGGAAGAUGCAAGGAUAACCUCUGCUACAAAGGUGAAGAUGACAGAUUCAACCGUCCGCAUGAGGAAACUGAAGAAAACAACUUCAUCGAGCCGGAGGACCCCCGCGCUACGAACCCUUGGUCCCGGGUGUCUAAGCCUCACAGCCUCCCGGCCCCCACCAAGCCCCCCACGGCCGACCUGCAGAGGAAUGAAGUGGUCAACAUACAGCAGAUGUCUCAGCUCGUGACCUGUUACACCAAACUUCGGGAUCGGUGUAAAGGAACACCAUGUAAUAGGUAUGAGUGUCCAGCUGGAUGCCUCCAGGCAUAUGGAAGGGUAAUUGGAACUGUAUACUAUGAAAUGCAAACGAGUGUGUGCAGAGCAGGUCUGCACGCUGGUGUCAUAGAUAACAAUGGAGGCUGGUUGGAUGUGACAAGACAAGGCAGGAAGGACUUUUUCAUCAAAUCCUACAAGAAUGGAGUUCAGUCCAUUGGAAAAUAUCAAAGUGCAAACUCCUUCACAGUUUCAAGAGUAACAGCUAGAGCCAUCACCUGUGAGACCACAGUUGCACAGCUGUGUCCAUAUGAAAAACCUGCCACGCAUUGCCCCAGGUUAUACUGUCCGGGGAACUGCUUGGCAGAAAAUUCUCGCAUCUCCAGAGUAAUUGGUACCAGAAUAUACUCUGACAAGUCAAGUAUAUGUCGGGCGGCAGUCCAUGCUGGAGUCAUUAAGGACAGUGAAAGCGGGUACAUCGAUGUCAUGCCAGUGGACAAGCGGAAAUACUAUACUGCCUCAUACCAGAACGGCAUUCUCUCAGAGAGCCUUCAAAACCCUCCUGGAGGAAAGGCGUUCCGGGUCUUCGCUGUGAUUUGAGCACCCCCGGAGGACGUUUUCACCAAACAAAAAGCGCUCUUGAGGCUGUUGAAUAGGCGGUAAUCAAGCCCUGUUGUCAAACCCGGUGCCUGAAAUGUUUCUGGCUCUGCUACACUUCACGGGUUAGAAGUUGUUACUAUGACAACGUAAACCUAACAACAACAAAAAAAAACAUUCCCUAGGAGAACCUGCCUUCAUCCGGUGGAAUUUUCUCCUUUUUUCAGCUUUAUUGGGAAGUUUCACAAAUUGUAAAUAUUGCUGGUUACUUAAUUGUAUAUAUUUGUUAAUAGUAUCAAUGAUGUUUGUCUUUGUGUCAAUUUCUUGCAUUCCUUAUAAAUAAAUGUAUGAAUAUUAAUUAUAGAAAUUCCACAUUAUAUUUGGCACUUAAGAACAAAUAUCAUUUUUAUUAUAUUACAUCUGGCACAUUUUUAUUGAGAGCUCUGGAGUGAUAUCUUGCCAUAUUAUGUACUUUUUUAAUGGAUGGGAAAAUGGCUAUGCAUUUAUUUUUGUAUGAAUAUACUUUAAAUCAAUAUGAAUUGUACUAAAUGCUGCUAUAUAUUUUAUGUAUUGUAUUGUAUUUUUUUUUUUACUGUUUAUAUUUUUCCAAAUAUGGCUGUGCUAAAUCUCCCUGCAGGUCAGGAAGGAUACUCAUCUCAGAGUGGUUGUUCUCUAAACACAACCUUAGUGUCUCUAUAGUUAAUUUCCUUUUACAGGACACUGGUACUGGUAUCUCCAACAGCAGCUACAGGUUUUUGCUGUAGCUUCUCAGUUAGUCUUAAAGACUUGAAUCAAGACAACUGGACUUCCUCGCUCUUGGUUUUUGGAGAUUUUCCGCCUGCAAUCUAGAAGGCUUUGUGGGUUAAAACUGACUCGGUUUGAACCGACGGGGUGAAACAUCUUCAAGAGCCAAGGAAAAGGAAGUCCAGGUUUCUUGAAUCAUGUCCUUGAAAACAGGUUUGUUUCCUGAACACCCAGCUUUAGCAGCUACCAGCUUUCCUUCAAGCUGUAAUCAGUAUUUUGGGAAGAUAACUUUGUUGUUGUCCGUUUUCCUCAUUGUAUCACAAAUGUUUUCUUUCCUCAGAUUGUAAGGAAAGGUAAAUUCCCAAUAAAGUAAUAGAAUGACCUGACGCUUGGAUCAGAAAUUCGGAUUUAAAACCAAUGAAAGUCUCUUUUUAAAAUGCAGACGUGCACUUCAGUGACUUAAUUCAGCAGCUGAAAAGCUGUUCACGUCAAACUCUUAAUUCCAUGUGGAUUUAUUUCUCCAAAAUAUCAAAUGUUUCCAUAUCAAAUGUUUCCAUAGGGCGAAUGAAAGUUCCCAUGAAGAAAAGUCCUCUUUUGUUUCUGGGCAGCAGUGGAGCAAAGUGGACUGUCCAACAUGGCUUUUAUCUUGGCUUUUAACAUGCCUGACCAAUCAUGUAGCUGCAGGCCUGGGUGCAGCACUACGACAGAAUAUAAAUGCAAUGUUGUUGAAUUAAAGGAAUACA